GUUCGUACCAUCUGAUCGUCCGCCAACACGUAUCGCAUAUCGCUUCUAUGCAGUGCGCCAGCCGCCGUCUCUGUUCCCUGCACGUUCACGUCACCACCGACAUACACACUUGUCUCCAGGCUGAACCGCGAAGCAUUACCUAGGUGCAGCAGGCAGGUGAAGAAGGGUAGACUUAGAGGGAUACCCGUAGGCAAUAGUGAGUGCUUUAGGCCGUGGAUGGGAUGGGUGUAUACCGUCUUUAGAGGAUACCUAGGUAGAGGUAAGGAAAAAAAAUAAAAUACCCGCGCCCCGACCUUGUAGGCAUGCAUCGCUGCUAAUUUCCUUUCCCCUGAGCCUCCUGCUUUCUUCGUCCUCCGGCUUAUCCUCUCGCUCGCGCCAAGCACAGAAGGAAAGAGGUGGGAAAGAAACCGACAUACCUAGGCGGCGUGUGGACGAAGUUAGGCCACGGCAUCACCCCCCCCCCCAUCCCUCAUCCAGGGAAUAGGGAAUGAUAUCAUGUCCUCCGCGGUUCUGACAUGCCUACCGCCCACCUCGUCGGAUAGUGUCUCCCCUAGCCGACUUAUGUCUCGCAUAGCAUUGCGUAUCAUGCCACUCGCUAUGAUAAGAGGCAUUGUGAGAUGCUUCGGAUCCAAUCAACAUAUCCCAGACGGGGUGCUGCGAUAGGCUACCGGAACAGACUAUCGCCAAUGCUGCUCGUGAGGCUUGUUUUGGCCGUCAUACAGCAUGCUCUGCUAUCCAUGUCCGACAGUGUCUACACGUACCAUACCUCAACACCCAGGGCUAGUAGGGUAGGUAAGGCUCUCACUUUAGCUACUAUAAGCGUCAGAUACCUCCACAACUCAGACGGUGUGGUUCUACAGCCGGGAGCUUUCCCGACGGGCAUCGGCCGUCGCAGCUUUAUAUCUCUCUCUCGAGACCCGACCCCGAGCCAUUGCCAUUCCUCUCUUCUGUCGCAUUGUCUUCUUCAUCCGCCAACGCUUCUCAACGUCAACUCGCACCGCCCCCUCCUUUAUGCCUCUUCGUCGUCAUAUUACAGCAUGUCCAGCUCUACGUCAUCCUCUCCACAUGACCCAUCUCCGGCCCGUUCCCGGUCCAGAAGUCCCUCCCCCCGCCCACACGCAGAACGGCGAUCUUCACUCUCACCGGACCGGCCCGGUGACGCGAGAAAGGUCCUGAAGAGGUCCCUGCUCUUUCUCGGAGCAGUUGGGGCCGCCUCGCUCGUGGCAAACAAGUUCUGGCCGAAAGGGAUCAUAUACGGCGAGAAGGAGUCGUGGGCCAGCGAAGCCAAAGCGAAAACCAAAGACAUGCUACACGGACACAGAAAAGCUGAUGUCAGAGAAUACCGGGAAAGGCCUAGGGACGCCGGAGGGCUAGUGGACUAUUACGCUGACCGUGGAAAGCAACGCGCGGGAACUCGAGGCGAGGCUUACACGGCGAGGACUCGGAACGACACAAGCUUCCUCCACGGGAGCGGGGAACGUUACUACAGCGGAGGCCACGAGUACGAUAUUAACAGACGGCACGGAUAUCAAAAUUUUCGAGGCAGACAACGACGGCGCUCUGAACGUUGACUACACUGCCCAUUUCGAGGACUAAGAGCUAAAUAGGAGGGUCAGGAAGAUUCAUGUUAGAGGUUCAUAGGACAGUAUAUUGCCGACUGUUGUCUUCCUACCGCUUUAGUGCUCUUCUGAUGUGAUAAGGUACGCUAGUCCAGUAGCCAGUGUCUUGACCCGACCCCGAAGGCC